CCGUUACAGGGACGGACCCCAACGAAACGCUGAAGCUUUGCAGCGUUCUCGAACUGAAGGUCCAGAUCGAAUUUCGAGCUUGAUAUUCAACUGAGUUGCGAUCAUCAACCAAGACGUAAAAGCCAACAACAACAAGUCAAGAUGCUCAACGGCAGAAAGAUCAUCACCAUUGGUUUGGUAGUAACCUUUGGCAUCGUAAAUGGAUACUAUACAUUUGCCCCCAGUCUCCGGGAGGAGAAGGAGAAGUGUGAAGGCCUAAACCUCGGUCCCCCGGCUAAGCCCUCUCCAUAUGAGACCAAGAAGCAAGAGUCGGAGAAAAGGGAAUGAGAUGGGAUGCUAGCAUGGAGUAGAGAAACAACUACCGUGACCAUACAAUCGACCAGCCGUGUUUGCUGAGAAGGAUGGGAGUGAUGAAGCUUGUUGAGAGAAGGCAUCAUGGCUUUACUUCAUCUUUAAAGUUGACUGUGGCUCAUUGCAAAUGACGUAAAAUAUCUUGUAUAAAGUGUUUAUACAUAGUAAAGACCCUGUAAAGCAAACAAUAAGCUUUGUGAGACAUUGACGAACCUGGCAUGUGAGUUCCGUUUCUC